AUGUUGAAUUGGGCAAAGCAACAGCUGGCCAAUGUCGCCGGCAUCCAGGAACCCAUCUAUGGACCAUCCGCUAUCAAAUCUGUCGCCGAAGAGGCCAAGGAGACGACGCCAUAUACCGAGUUGACUCGUGAUGACUUGAAGUGGAAGGCUAUGCAGUCGACCUGCGUUGAGACCCAGAGCUUCUAUUUCGUCUCGGAUAAUGGCGACAUUGGUCUCGCCCAAGUCAUAUACAGCAACGUUGCUGGUAUGCGAACCACCUGCCAGUUCAACUCCAAGAUCUUCUCAAAAGAUGCCUCCAAGCCCCACCUCUGGUGUUCGACCCCCCUCAGCAACUUCGAGUUCAGUGAGGACAACACGGCGUUCUAUGCCGACGACUGCGCCGUCGAACUUUCCCAGGACGGAAAUGUGUAUACCAUCAAGAGCAUGAGCGACGAACGAUCAAUCGUCAAUCUUACAGUCUCCAGAACUGCCCCAGGUUUCGUGGUUGGAAAGACCGGCACCACCAAGUACGGCACCGACCUCGAAAAUCCUUGGGGAUCCAUACGUCAUGCAUUUUGGCCCCGAUGCGCUGCCCAAGGUACCAUCACCACACCUGAUGGGUCCAUCGACUUCAAGGGCAAGGCUAUGUACUCAUUUGCCCUGCAGGGCAUGAAGCCGCAUCACGCCGCCGCCAAGUGGAACUUUGCCAAUUUUCAGGGUCCCAACUACUCUGCCAUCAUGAUGGAGUUCACGACGCCGGCCUCAUACGGCACCACCCUCGUCAAUGUGGGAGGAAUUGUCAAGGACGGUGAAAUUCUUUUGGCGGGUCCUGGUCACGAAGCCAUUCACACCCAAGUCAAGAAGGAUGCGGACAACGAGUGGCCAGAGCCCAGCUCGGUCAAGUUUGAGUGGAAGUCCAACGAGAAGGACGCCAAGCCUGUCAGUGGCGUCAUUGAGGGUUCACUCGGCGAGAGAACAGACCGCGUCGAUGUCAUGGCUGAAGUGCCAGGAUUUGUCAAGACUCUUGUAGCAGCUGCAGCUGGCACCAAACCUUACAUUUAUCAGUAUACACCGAAGAUGACGCUGAAGCUCAAGAUUGGGGAUGGGGAAGAAAUCAACGAGGAGGGUCAUUUAUUCAUGGAAGCAACAUUUGUUACAGAAUAA